AUGGCGGCGCAGCCUCCCAGCGGGAUCCGCCUCAGCGCGCUCUGCCCGAAGUUUUUACAUACCAAUUCCACCAGUCACACUUGGCCAUUCAGUGCAGUUGCUGAAUUAAUAGAUAAUGCAUACGAUCCUGACGUGAAUGCUAAACAGAUCUGGAUUGACAAAACAGUGAUAGAUAAGCACAUAUGCUUGACCUUCACUGAUAAUGGCAAUGGUAUGACUUCAGAUAAAUUACAUAAAAUGCUAAGCUUUGGCUUCAGUGACAAAGUCACCGUGAACGGUCAUGUCCCAGUGGGAUUGUACGGGAAUGGUUUCAAGUCCGGUUCCAUGCGUUUGGGUAAAGAUGCAAUUGUUUUCACCAAAAAUGGAGAAACCAUGAGCGUGGGCCUCUUGUCUCAGACCUACUUGGAAGCCAUACAAGCAGAACAUGUUGUUGUCCCAAUAGUGGCCUUCAACCAACACCAUAUCCUUUUGGUUUUGAAAUGGAAACGAUUUAGAAACUCUGAAGAAAUAGUGUGA